AUGAUACGUUUCAUCCUCGUACAGAAUCGCCAGGGCAAAACACGACUUGCCAAAUGGUAUGUUCCCUACGACGACGAUGAGAAGGUCAGGCUCCGUGGAGAGGUACACCGGCUCAUAGCCCCCCGAGAUCAGAAAUAUCAGUCCAACUUUGUUGAAUUUCGGAAUUACAAGGUAGUAUAUCGGCGAUACGCUGGCCUAUUCUUUUGCGUCUGCGUCGAUGCGAACGACAAUGAAUUGGCUUAUCUCGAGGCGAUACACCUUUUCGUUGAGGUAUUAGAUACCUUCUUUGAUAACGUGUGCGAGCUAGACCUCGUGUUCAACUUCUACAAAGUAUAUGCCAUACUCGACGAAAUAUUCCUAGCUGGCGAGAUAGAAGAGACAAGCAAGGAUGUAGUGCUGGCGCGACUCGAAGAGUUGGAGAAAUUGGAGUAG